GCCAUGUGCUCGCGUUUCUCGGAUUCCCGCAUCAAAUGCAGAGCGCCUGCCAUCGCCUCCCUCUUUGCGUCACUCUUCUCCUCCCUCUUCCUCACCUCUUCCGCCGCAUGCUUUAAUGGGAAUUGCCAGGUUCUAGAACCAUGUUCAGCUGCCACUGAUUGUGGCCCAGGCCUCUAUUGCGGCAAUUGUCCUGCUCUGGCCAGGACUCGACCAGUUUGCACCAGAGGCCAAGCCACCAUUGUUACAUCUCUUGUGACUGGGUUGCCCUUCAACAAGUACUCGUGGAUCAUGACCCAUAAUUCAUUCAGCAUCGUGGAUGCACCACCUCUAUCUGGCGUUCAGAGACUCACCUUCUACAAUCAAGAAGAUACUGUCACUAACCAGUUGCGGAAUGGAGUGAGGGGAUUGAUGUUGGAUAUGUACGACUUCGAGAAUGAUAUCUGGCUAUGUCAUUCAUUUCGAGGGCAAUGCUUCAACUUCACCGCCUUCCAACCCGCAAUAAACACUUUGAAAGAAGUGGAGGCAUUCUUGAGUGAAAAUCCAACGGAGAUUGUCACCAUUGUAAUUGAAGAUUAUGUGCGUACUCCAAAGGGGUUGACCAAUCUAUUCAUCAAUGCUGGACUAGAUAAAUAUUGGUUCCCAGUGUCUGAUAUGCCUAAAAAGGGUGAAGAUUGGCCCACUGUAACACAGAUGGUUCAAGCAAAUCACCGACUUCUUGUGUUCACUUCUGAUGCUUCAAAGGAAGCUGAAGAAGGAAUAGCUUAUCAAUGGAGUUAUAUGAUUGAAAAUGAGUCGGGAGAUCCUGGAGUUCAACGGGGUUCUUGCCCCCAUAGAAAAGAAUCAAAGCCCCUUAAUUCUAGAAGUGCAUCACUUUUCUUGCAGAAUUACUUUCCAACAUAUCCAGUUGAAGCCGACUCAUGCAAAGAGCAUUCGGCUCCACUUGCAGAUAUGGUGAAUACAUGUUACAAAGCUGCUGGGAAUGUACUGCCUAACUUCAUAGCUGUUAAUUUUUACAUGAGGAGUGAUGGUGGUGGUGUUUUUGAUAUCGUGGAUAAAAUAAAUGGCAACUCAUUGUGCGGGUGUAGUACAAUCUCUGCUUGCCAGGAGGGAGGGCCUUUUGGAUCUUGCAAGAACAUUGCUGUACCUAGUACAAGUCCAGUGACCAACACCGCAGGGAGCUUUACAGGAUCUGUUCAGUUCUCAAAAUCAGCUGCACCAGUCCAUUCUCCACAUUGUUGCCUCUUCCUCUUGUUUUGCUUUCUGCUUAUUGCUGUUUUGUUGCAAUAAUGAUGAGUGUGUAUAUCAAUGCAAGCUAAGUCUUUCAAGAGGAACUUCUAGUAUUAUCGUAUUUAUGUAUCAUACACGAGCUACUCUUUUAAAAUGGGCUUCUGCCAUCUUAGUGAGUACACUGAAGUAUUUCCUCAAUCUGUGAAAUGUGAAGGAACUGUUAAUAGGUUUAAAAAUUAGACAAACAAAAUUUUGGAAUUGCUGAGGCUAUAGUCAAGGAUCUGUGAAGUCAUCUGAGGUAGAUGGUAACCAAGGAAAACCAAGAAUGCAUUUGAAGCAGUUCAGGGUUUGUAUCAAGGUAUCAUUAGUCAACGACAGAAUAGGAAAUAUGAUCAGGAUGGCUGGAAGCUCGAUGGUC